UAGACCACAGCUGGCCAAAGAGAAGAUUGAAGGAUGCCAUAUUUGUACAUCUGUCACACCUGGUGAACCUCAAGUGUUCUUGGGAAAAGAUAAGGCCUUCACUUUUGAUUAUGUCUUUAACAUUGACUCGCAGCAAGAAGAGAUCUAUAUACAAUGUAUAGAAAAACUGAUUGAAGGUUGCUUUGAAGGCUAUAAUGCCACUGUCUUUGCUUAUGGCCAAACAGGUGCUGGCAAAACAUACACCAUGGGCACUGGAUUUGAUGUCAACAUAACAGAAGAGGAACAAGGCAUUAUAUCACGUGCUGUUAAGCAUCUUUUCAGAUGUAUUGAAGAAAAAAAACAAGCUGCUAUUAAACAAGGACUUCCACCUCCAGAUUUUAAAGUGAAUGCACAGUUCUUAGAGCUUUACAAUGAAGAAAUUCUUGAUCUGUUUGAUACCACGCGUGAUAUUGAUGCAAAGAAUAAGAAAUCAAAUAUUAAAAUACAUGAAGAUUCAGCGGGAGGAAUUUAUACAGUGGGCGUUACAACCCGAACUGUGAAUGGAGAAUCAGAGAUGAUGCAGUGCUUGAAGCUGGGGGCUUUGUCUCGAACCACUGCCAGCACUCAGAUGAAUGUUCAGAGCUCACGGUCACAUGCUAUCUUCACUAUACACUUGUGUCAAACCAGAGUCUGUCCUGCAUUUAACACUGAUAAUGCCACUGAUAACAGAAUAAUAUCUGAAUCUUCUGAGAUGAAUGAAUUUGAAACUCUUACUGCCAAGUUCCAUUUUGUUGAUCUAGCGGGAUCCGAAAGGUUAAAGCGAACAGGAGCUACAGGAGAAAGGGCAAAAGAAGGCAUUUCCAUCAACUGUGGACUACUGGCACUUGGCAAUGUAAUAAGUGCACUGGGAGAUAAAAGUAAGAAGGCAACUCAUGUACCAUACAGAGAUUCAAAGCUUACAAGGCUACUUCAAGACUCUCUUGGGGGAAACAGUCAAACACUCAUGAUAGCGUGUGUGAGCCCUUCAGAUCGAGACUUCAUGGAAACCUUGAACACAUUAAAGUAUGCCAAUCGGGCACGGAACAUUAAGAACAAGGUGAUGGUUAAUCAGGAUAGGGCUAGUCAACAAAUAAAUGCUUUGCGCAGUGAGAUCACACGGCUACAGAUGGAACUCAUGGAAUACAAAACAGGUAAAAGGAUUAUAGAUGAAGAAGGCGUUGAAAGCAUCAAUGACAUGUUUCAUGAAAAUGCGAUGCUACAAACAGAAAACAACAACCUGCGUGUUAGAAUUAAAGCAAUGCAAGAGACUAUUGAUGCGCUGAGAGCCAGAAUAACGCAACUUCUGAGCGAUCAGGCCAACCAAGUGCUAGCCAGAGCAGGUGAAGGAAAUGAAGAAAUUAGCAACAUGAUUCAUAACUACAUCAAGGAAAUUGAAGAUCUCAGAGCAAAACUAUUAGAAAGUGAAGCAGUGAAUGAAAAUCUUCGACGCAACUUGUCAAGAGCUUCAGCAAGAUCCACGUACUUUGGUGGACCAUCAGCAUUUUCUGCUUCUAUGCUUUCUUCAGAGAAAGAGACAAUGGAAAUUCUAGAUAUAGCCAAAAAAGAUCUAGAAAAGCUGAAAAAAAAGGAAAGGAAAAAAAAAAAGAGUGUUAAAGAGGAUAACACAGAUAACGAGCAGGAGAAGAGAGAUGAAAAAGGCACUUCGGAGAGAGAGAAUAAUGAAUUGGAAGCAGAGGAAAUUCAGGAAGUAAGUGAUCAUGAGGAUGAAGAGGAGGAAGAUGAUGAGGAGGAAGAUGACCUGGAAGUUGUUGAAAGCUCAGAUGAAUCGGAUUCUGACUCUGAUGAAAAAGAAAAUUAUCAAGCUGACUUGGCAAAUAUCACCUGUGAAAUAGCCAUUAAGCAGAAACUGAUAGAUGAGCUAGAGAACAGCCAGCGAAGGUUGCAAACAUUGAAAAGACAAUAUGAAGAGAAACUAAUGAUGUUACAACAUAAGAUUCGAGACACUCAGCUUGAAAGAGAUCAGGUUCUUCAAAACUUGGGUUCUGUAGAGACCUAUUCAGAAGAAAAGGCAAAAAAAAUCAAGUCAGAAUAUGAAAAGAAACUCCAAGCUAUGAAUAAAGAACUACAGAGGCUUCAAACUGCGCAAAAAGAACACGCACGAUUGCUUAAAAAUCAGUCUCAGUAUGAAAAGCAACUGAAGAAAUUGCAGCAGGAGGUGACAGAGAUGAAGAAAACCAAGGUUCGCUUGAUGAAACAAAUGAAAGAAGAGCAGGAGAAAGCUAGAAUGACUGAGUCUAGAAGAAACAGAGAGAUUGCACAGCUUAAAAAGGAGCAGCGCAAACGAGAGCAUCAGCUCAAGCUUCUGGAAGCUCAGAAAAGAAAUCAAGAAGUUAUCUUACGUCGCAAAACUGAAGAGGUCACAGCCCUUCGUCGGCAAGUAAGGCCUCUGUCUGAUAAAGUCGCGGGAAAAGUAAGUCGAAAGCUGAGUCUGCCUGAGCAUCCUAUACAGGAACCAAGCUCUAGCGCAUCAGUUGAGCAUGACGGUUCCAGAACAGCAGCACAGCAGAGGAUGAGAAUUCCUGUUGCAAGGGUUCAAGCAUUAUCUGUAACUGCAACAAAUGGAACAGGAAAGAAAUAUCAGCGGAAAGCGGUGACGAGCAGAGUUUACUCCUCAAAGGCAGCCAGGAUGAAGUGGCAGUUACUUGAACGCAGGGUGACUGAUAUCAUUAUGCAGAGGAUGACCAUUUCCAAUAUGGAGGCAGAUAUGAACAGGUUACUUACGCAACGUGAAGAACUUACAAAAAGAAGAGAAAAGCUUUCAAAGAAAAGAGAGAAGCUCAUCAAGGAUGGGGGUGGCAGUGAAGCAGAUAGAAACGUCCAAAACAUCAAUGAAGAGAUGGAAUCACUAACUGCGAAUAUAGACUACAUUAAUGACAGCAUUUCUGACUGCCAAGCAAACAUUAUGCAAAUGGAGGAAGCAAAGGAAGAAGGAGAGACCUUGGAUGUAACAGCAGUGAUUAAUGCUUGCACUUUGACAGAAGCUCGGUAUUUGCUUGAUCACUUCCUCACAAUGGGUAUCAAUAAGGGUCUCCAAGCAGCUCAGAAAGAAGCUCAGAUUAAAGUUCUUGAGGGACGCCUUAAGCAGACAGAAAUUACUAGUGCUACUCAAAACCAACUGCUGUUUCAUAUGCUAAAAGAAAAAGCUGAGUUAAAUCCUGAACUUGAUGCUUUGCUGGGUCAUGCUUUGCAAGAAAAUUUGGAAGAUAGUACUGAUGAGGAUGCCCCGUUGCAUAGUCCUGGGACGGAAGGAAGCUCAUUAUCUUCAGAUCUUUUGAAACUUUGUGGCGAAGUCAAACCCAAAAGCAAGGCCCGCCGGAGGACCACUACCCAGAUGGAAUUGCUAUAUGCAGACAGCAACGAUUUAGUCUCUGACAUUAGUGCUGCAGACUCUACUUUGGCUGGCCCUCUUGCAUCAGUUGCAGAAACCCAAGAAAGUGGGAUGGCUGCUGACACAAAUGAUACUCCUGCUAGGGACAGAGAGUUUAUUCCCCCACCAUCUGGUUUACCUUCUAAGAUAGGCAGCAUUUCUAGACAGCCAUCUCUGUCAGAGAAGAAGAUACCUGAGCCUUCACCUUUAGCAAAGAGAAAAGCCUAUGAGAAAACAAUGGAAAAGACAAAGGCAAAAGAACAAAAACUCUCAGAUUCUGGAGCCCCAGAGACUAGUCUGUCACCUCCUACUUCCCCACCAAGCCGGCCCCGUAAUGAAAUGAAUGUUUUUAGUCGUCUUACUGUUUCUCAGGGAAAAACAUCAGUUCAGCAAAAGGGGAUAAUUAACCCAUUCCCUGCUUCAAAAUGCAUCAGAUCGUCCCCACUUCAGUGUAUCUAUACAGCUGAAGGACAUACCAAGGCUGUCCUUUGUGUUGAUGCAACUGAUGAUCUUCUGUUCACUGGAUCUAAAGAUCGCACCUGUAAAGUCUGGAAUCUGGUAACUGGACAAGAGAUUAUGUCUCUGGGGGGUCAUCCAAAUAAUGUUGUUUCUAUAAAAUAUUGCAACUACACUAGCCUGGUCUUCACAGUCUCAACCUCCUAUAUCAAGGUGUGGGACAUCAGAGAUUCUGCUAAGUGUAUUCGGACAUUGACGUCUUCAGGGCAGGCGAUGCCUGGUGAUGUGUGUUCAGGAACUACUAAUAGAACAGUCACUAUCCCAGCUGGAGAAAACCAGAUCAAUCAGAUUGCACUAAAUCCAACUGGCACAUUCCUCUAUGCGGCUGCUGGAAACUCAGUGAGGAUGUGGGACCUGAAAAGAUUUCAGUCUACGGGAAAGCUAACUGGUCACCAGGGUCCUGUUAUGUGCCUUACUGUAGAUCGAAUUUCCAAUGGACAAGACCUUAUUGUCUCUGGUUCAAAGGAUCAUUAUAUAAAGAUGUUCGAUGUGACUGAAGGGGCUCUUGGAAGUGUAAGUCCUACACACAAUUUUGAACCUCCUCAUUAUGAUGGCAUCGAAGCACUUGCUAUUAUGGGAGACAACCUUUUCAGUGGAUCCAGAGAUAAUGGAAUUAAGAAAUGGGAUCUGGCUCAAAAAGACCUUCUUCAGCAAGUUCCUAAUGCUCAUAAAGACUGGGUGUGUGCUCUUGGCCUGGUACCUGGUGCUCCGGUUCUGCUCAGUGGCUGCAGAGGAGGCAUCCUCAAGCUCUGGAAUGUGGACACCUUCGCACCCAUUGGGGAGAUGAAGGGACACGACAGCCCUAUAAAUGCAAUCUGCACCAACUCCAGCCAGAUUUUCACAGCAGCAGAUGACCGGACUGUGAGGAUCUGGAAAGCUCGAAAUGUAAUAGACGGACAGAGCUCAGAUACAGGAGAUGCAAGUGAAGAUCUUGCCAGUAAUUGAAAGGAUGGGGAUAAAUGAAUAUAUUGAUGAAUUUGAGGUGCACUCGAUGCAGUUUGCUGCAUGCUUAUUAGGUAAACACUGAUGACUGGAAUGAACUGAAAAAUAAGAGUGAACUCUUCUACUUAGACCUGCUGUCCUUAAAAUAUGUACUGUAUUUAAGAAAAAAAUAACCUUUUGGUAACAUGCUUGUGUCUCAAUGGUCACAUGUAUAUGUCUAUAUAUUAUGGCUGGAUUUGUGUGCAUAUGUAACACUUGCAGUUAAAAUUAACUGGAAAUCAGUCUUCUCUAACGACCAUCUCAAAAUUAUAACCUGGAAUAUAUAACAAAAGUGCUCUGCUGUAUUUCACUCACAAGUAUGAUCAGGUGUUUUGCAUUUUAGGGUAGCAGGGGAAUGAUGAUGCCCCGAUAAUAAGCCUUUGAUUAUGACAGGCAUUGUUUCAAGAUUCUAAAGGUCACUUAUACUGUCGUUAGGAAAGUGGAGUGAAUACAAGAUGGGAAGAAGCUGUUAAUGACACAUCUAUCCCACAUGGCUGUAUCCUUCUAA